AUGGGUAAAUGGCAGAUUGUAUCGGAACUCCAUAAACCAGUAAGAAAAAGUUACAAAAAGCGACAUGUUGUAAUUAAAAAUUUAAAUGACCUGAUACAGGCCGAUUCGGCUAUUAUGAAUCAAUUUGCAAAAGAAAACAGAGUAUAUAAUUACAUUCUUGUAAUCAUCAAUGCUUUUAAUGAAUAUGUUUGGGCAGUACCAGUGAAAACGAAAACGAGUAAAGAUAUCACUGCUGCUAUGAAAUCUGUAUUAGAACAAAUGAGUACCCCUCCAAAAAACUUACAAACUGAUAUGGGAAAAGAAUUUUACAAUAAGGACUUUCAAAAUCUGAUGCAGAAAUAUGAUAUAAACCAUUAUAGUACUAUUUCAAAUUUGAAAGCUAGUAUUUGUGAACGUGUGAUUAAAACUUUAAAAUCAUCAUUAUGGAAACAAUUUAGCUAUCAAGGAUCUUACAAAUGGAUCAACAUUCUUCCUGAAAUUGUAAACAAAUACAACACUAAACAUUCUACAACUAAGUCGAUACCAAGUAAAAUAAAUGAGAGAAAUGCAAAAUUUAUCAAUUCAUUUCAACAUCUGAAAAAUGUUGACCCAAAAAAACCCAAGUUCAGGAAAGGAGACCAG